GCACUCGCGGGCCGCGCCGCCGUCCCCGCCGCGCCGGGGUUUACAUCCGGGUCCUUAGCUUCGCGCUCCGAGCGCCGGUUGGGGUGGCUCCGCGGUGGCCGUGUGUGGGCUGCGCCCGCCGUUCCAGCGUGGGAAGAGCUAGUGGGCCAGCCGGUUUGAACUUCUUGUCCUGGAAGCCGUGCAUCACCACAAUGAGGCUUGUAAUUCUUGAUAACUAUGACUUGGCUAGUGAAUGGGCAGCCAAAUACAUCUGUAAUCGCAUCAUUCAGUUCAAACCUGGACAGGACAGAUAUUUUACACUGGGUUUACCCACAGGGAGCACACCUUUAGGAUGUUAUAAAAAACUAAUAGAAUAUCACAAGAAUGGAGACCUUUCUUUUAAAUAUGUGAAGACCUUUAACAUGGAUGAAUAUGUAGGACUUCCCAGGAAUCAUCCUGAAAGCUACCAUUCUUAUAUGUGGAAUAACUUUUUUAAGCAUAUUGAUAUAGAUCCUAGUAAUGCCCAUAUCCUGGAUGGAAAUGCUACAGAUUUACAAGCAGAAUGUGAUGCAUUUGAAAAGAAAAUAAAAGAAGCUGGAGGAAUCGAUCUUUUUGUUGGAGGAAUUGGUCCAGAUGGUCAUAUUGCUUUCAAUGAGCCAGGAUCCAGUUUAGUAUCAAGGACAAGAUUAAAGACUCUAGCAAUGGACACCAUUUUGGCAAAUGCUAAAUAUUUUGAUGGAGAUUUAUCGAAAGUGCCAACUAUGGCUCUAACAGUUGGUGUGGGGACAGUGAUGGAUGCUAGAGAAGUAAUGAUCCUCAUAACAGGUGCACACAAGGCAUUUGCUCUCUACAAAGCAAUAGAAGAAGGAGUCAAUCACAUGUGGACUGUUUCAGCUUUCCAGCAGCAUCCCCGAACUAUUUUUGUGUGUGACGAAGAUGCUACUUUAGAAUUAAGAGUUAAAACUGUGAAAUACUUUAAAGGUUUAAUGCAUGUGCACAAUAAACUUGUGGAUCCACUAUACAGUAUGAAAGAAGGAAAUUGAAGGAGAUUGGAUCAAAAUUCUGCUUGAAUGAACAGAACACUUUUAUACAUAGAUGAAUUUUCAGCUAUGCAAUAUAAAACUUGGGGAAUUUUUGAAUAUGUCAUUUUUGAAGUCCAAUAUCUAUAUGUUAAACAUUCCAUACUUAGAAUGUGUCCAUUUUAUACUAGGGUUUAGGAAAAGUAAUUGGCUCUCUCAAUUGAUCAGCUAUUUGUUAUUAUAAAGUACAGAAGCCACAUAGCCACUCUAUAAAACAGCACAGAAAUGAAAUGUUUGCCUGUUUACAAAUAUUAAGUGAUUUUAAAGGUGAAGAUUCUGUACAUCAAGUACCUUCAUAUGACUACAGAGGCAUUCUUAGAUUUUAAUUUUUUAAUCACAAGAAUACCCUUGAAGCCUUUCAGGUAUCAAACAACUGUCAUUACAAGUCUUUACUUCUGGAAUGCUAUCUUUAUAUUUUCUCUGCAUCACACACAAGCUUUCUGCACGUGGUUGCCUUAGUUGUCUUCCUGCAGUAGCAACUGGACAUCAGAAGUCCAGCUAUAUAAUAUUGGUACAGAAAAUUUGAGGAAAUGACAGUGCCUAAAAGUACAGUUUACACCCUUUUGGAAAGUAUAUAUAAGUGCGUGUUUUUUGUGCACCUUCUUCUAUAGCACUUUUUUACAAAUGUGCUCUUAUUUUUAUUUAAUGACUUGGGUUCAUGCACUUGUAAGUAUUUUGGCAAUUAUGAGCUUUAUACUUAGCCACACAUAUAGGGAAUUCUUUUGAAGAAAAUUUUCUGAUUACUGUUAAACUUCAUAAACAAUUAGCUUUAUUCCUUAUAUAUAUGUCUAAAAGGAUAAUAUGAAGUAUAAUAUAAAAGGAAUUACUGUAAGCUAUUUUAGAUUGCCAUUAACUCGCAUCAUUAAAUUGCAAAUAAAAGUAUAUUGUUUUCUAUCUUUAACUCAAAUAAAGCUUAUAAUAAACAAAUAUAAGUUACCUAAAUUUUAUUUUCAGAGGUGAAAUUGAAAACAUACAUCUAAGAGACUG